AUGGAGAGCCACAAUACUAAGGUGCCACGACUCUCCUUCCUGCUACUGUUCUUCCUGUGUUCUUUGGCAGUGGCCAAACAAACCAUGCCAGAUUGUUGCCGACAAAAGAGCUGCCCAUGCCACAUCUUUGACCUGUUACAUGGGAUGGGCAACCACGCCGCCGGCAUCCUAACCCUCGGCAAGCGGAGCAGUGCCACAGCCACCAAGACCUUCCAGAGCCGUCUUUACCGUCUCUUCCAUGACUCAGAUAACCAGGCGGCUGGGAUCCUCACCAUGGGGAAGAGGGCGAGUGAGCUGGCUGUGGAGCCCAAGGAGAAUGUGUCCAGUGACACCCAGCUGGCACCAGUGGUGUCAUAUGCUGCAGCAGGGUCUGCUCCAGGGUGCCUGGCACCCCUGGAGAACAAUUUCCUGUCCGGCCCAAAGACUAGCAGUCUUGAUACUCUUGACUAA